AUGCAACGCGAAGAGAAACAACUUGAAGCUACCUUACAUGCAAUAUUAAACCGAGUGAACGAUUUAAAAACCGCUAUCCAAGCACUAAUAACGAAAUUAGAAACAGAAUAUGAAACAAUUAACUGGCCAACAUUCUUGGAUAAUUAUGCUAUUUUAUCAGGCCAUUUAACAGGUUUAAGUAAAAUACUUCAAGCUGAAUUGGCGCCUUCAUUGCGUUCUGUCGUUGUCCUACCGUUGCAAUUAGGUUGUGAGAGGGAUGAAGAACUAGCUCGGCUUACUGAGGGCCGAGUACCGGCUUGUACUCACGAUCUAGUGCCGGAUUUGUUAAGAACGAAGCCUGAACCACAAGCCGAACAACGUCUUCAGCAGUUAAAUCACAAAGCCAACACUCUUAGCUAUGAUGCUGCACAGAAGCAAGUAGCUCAGUUUACCAAGGUUGUUAGUCAUGUGUGGGAGAUAAUUUCAAAGGGUCGAGAAGAUUGGGAAGGUGAAUCUAUGAGAUCUGCGGGAAUGCAACCAACACAUAGUAUUGCUGACACACAUGCACUUGUAACGGCUGUUGGUACUGGUAAAGGAUUACGACCCGGUAUGCCUCCGAUGGUACCUCAAGGAGUUCCACCGGGCAUGGGGCCAGCCCGUGGGCCAACGCCACAGAUGGGUCCUGCGCAACCUACUAUGCCAAAAGCUCCAUCGGCCAUUAAAACUAAUAUCAAAGCAGCCAACCAAAUACAUCCAUACCAACGAUAG